AUGUCAAGUGAGCAAGAUCGAAUCGAAGACCCAUACAUCCUCAGCUGCGACAUGUCUUCUUCAUCAACCAACGAGCCCACAGCCCAGAAACGCAAGAUGAGCCACUGUGACCGCCUCGACGACGGCACACCACCAAUCCACACCGAGCCUGACCCGAGCCACUCGCCCUCAGACGCAGAAGACGUAAAAGUCGCCUACAAUGGACCUGCCACCAUUCACGUGGUGAUGCUGCGCGUGAGUGCCGAAAGUUCUGCGCGCCCAAUGCCACAAGCUGCGUUUUUCGGUCGCGACAAGGCGCUUGCGUUUUCCACGCGCAUCUUGUUACAGUGGUGUGAUGCACACUAUGAUGAUUAUGUGUGGAGAGGACCGGAAAUCUUGAGGGCGGGGUUGGUUGACAGGUAUGCUGCGUAUCAUGCGCAGACUGGACAGCAGCUUGCUGUUGCGGAUGUGAUCAGGGUGAGUAUCUUUGAUGCCAAGGAGACGGAGGUUGUUCUCAAGAAGGAAGACAAGAAGGAAGACAAGAAGGAAGACAAGAAGGAAGAGGAAACGGAUGAAGACGAUGAGGGAAGCGAGAAGAGUAAGGAAAGGCUUGAUGAGGCACAUAAUGAGAAAUAUCAGCAGCAGCUCGAGUAUGGAUCCGAGGGAGGCUCGGAUGACACUGAUACAUCUCCUACUUACUCGGCUCGAGUCGAGAAACGAGAGGUCGACCUUGACACGAUGUCUUUAAUGUUGGCUCACAAUCAUCAAGUCGCGUCUGGAGAGUAUGCUAUGGAACUGGCUACCAGAACCUUGAAUCACGACGAAAGAGAUGCUUCAGGUUGGAGCAAGCGUAAAAGUGCUUGGAGCGAGGACCAUGAGAUGAGAGUGUUCGGUGGACCUACAGAAUGA